UGGGUACACACGGGGAUUUGCUUCGUCUCCGGUCUCCCCAAUAUAAUCUGGUUCAUUGCUUUUCAGUGUGUAGAUCACGAAAGCAAUGGGUCGGAAGGUUGACAUGAAGAAGAUAGAAAAUAUAACGAAAUGUCAAGUUACAUUCUCUAAACGCAGAAGCAGUCUGUUCAAAAAGGCCCACGAAAUAUCGGUCUUGUGCGACGUCGACGUCGCGCUCGUCGCCUUCUCUCCCUCCGGUCGCCUUGGCAAGUUUUGCAGCCGGAAAAGGAUUGAAGAUGUGCUUGAACGGUACAUAGACUUAUCACCAGAUAAAAGAUACCAUCGCAUAAAGAACCUCGAGAAAAAGCUGGAUAUGCUGAGGCAGCUUGGACACAUUAAGGGUGACGAAAGCAAAUUGCAUCAUCUCAAUAAUCUAAUCAAACAUGUUGAGCUAAAAGUACAUACGUCCACAAUUGAACUAGAAAUACUCAAGGCCAAUCUCAGGAAUUACGAGCCAAACCUGGAAUGUGAUCCUUCACUAGCUCAACUCUUGCGGUGUGAGAAAAGUCUAAAAAACUCUUUACAAAGAGUCCUAAAUAGAAAAAGAACUCUGCUUGCUAAUUUGUCACCUUCACAUGAAACAUUCAGAGUUCAGAGAAAUCAAAUGAGGUUUGGCACACAAGUUUGUGCACCAAUUGCAUUCGAAAAUGGUGGGAAUGAACUGAUGAACUGGGCAACUCAAAACCCUACUUCUAGCCAACUCCUACUGCAACUAGAUCCUUGGAUUAGUCCUUACAGUUCCAAGACCCGAAAAAGCAUACUUGAAGAUCUACUUGAUCAGGCAAAGGGUAAAUCCGUAUGCCGUGGCCUACCCGGCGCAUCCGACAAGAACACAUCCGACAUCCCCAUGACAGCUUUCCCUUCCAUAUACCAAUCCGGACUCUUGUCCACAACUUCAGGAACUCAAAUUCCAUCAACGUCCACUUAUGCUCCGAUUCAGAACCAUCUUAAUUUGCAAAAUGGUGUUGACCAUAAUCCUAAUGAGAAAAUUAGCUGGCUCAAUACCACUCAGAAAAUGAAUGUGAAUCUACCUCUGCCCUCCAAGAAGCCUUUGUCCCCACUAGGAUGUGAACUUUUUUUGGGUAAUACCGUUGCCGCCUGCAGCAUCGCCUCCUCCUCCUCCAGCAACAAAAAUUGCGGUUUUGAUGCAGUUGAGAAAGUCCUAGCGGCUCAUAGUCGAGUGCAUCCGCUACCCGAAUCCCCGGCGAACUCAUUUUUGCCAACUAAAUUUUCUAUUGAGGGCACAAUGGGAAAUGUGUCAAAUGACACACUCAUGAAUAGUGCAGCAAACCAGGAGGAUUGCUCAUGGGAAUUCGAUGGCCUUGCAGAAAACUUGAACCUUGAGGAUCUUGAGAUUUUACUCUGAGUCCCAAUUUGUUGGGGGAACUUACCUCGGUGACAGUUUCAUAAUCUCUUUUUUCUUCUUUGUUCGUUUGUUGCUCAAGCAAAUGUUGGAUUGGAAUUGAGAUAGAUCUCCAUGAAAUGCUCAAUUCAUGACAAUUAAGAUGUUAAAUUUGUCACUGAGAGAUGCUUCUUUUGGCUAAAAUACAUCAGUUGUCGAAUUUAGACAAAAUCUUGGGAAAUAUGGC